AUGGACAUCCAGAGAAUUGCAAAUGCAGAAUGUGGAGUAAGUGACUCAAGCUCGCCUCCCCCUCUCUCCCCCCCUCUCUCCCCCCACCCUCCCCCCUUCCCUCUCCCCUCUCUCCCUCUACCGCUCCCCACCUUCCCCCCUCCCUCCCCCCCACCCUUUCCCCCUCCCUCCCCCCCCCUCCCUCCCCCCCUCCCUCCCCUGCUUCCCCCCUUCCCCCCUUCCCCCCUCUCUCCCCCCCACCCUUUCCCCCUCCCUCCACCCCACCCCCCCUUCCCCCGUCCCCCCAUCCCCACCUCCCCCCCUCCCCCACUUCCCCCCACUUCCCCCCUUCCCGCGUCCCCCAAUCCCCACCUCCCCCUCUUCCCACCCCCUCCCUCCCUCCCUCCCUCCCUCCCUCCCUCCCUCCCACCCUCCCUAGUGAAUGGCAACGUGGAAAUAAAACCCACUAUAGUCACUCGUUCUCACGUCACACGCUCUCCCAUCACUCGCGUGACGCCCUCGUGUGCUCUGCUCGUCGGCCUCGCUCCCCCUCCCCGUCGCCCUCGCUUCCUCUCCCCGUCUGCCUCGUUUCCGCUGCCGGUCGUCCUCGCUUCCCCUGCUCAUCGCCCUCGCUUCCCCUCAUCACCGUCGUUUCCCCUCAUCGCCGUUGCUUCCCCUGAUCGCCCUCGCUUCCCCUCGUCGCCCUCGCUUUUCCUCCCCGUCUCCCUCGUUUCCCUUGCUCGGCGCCCUCGCUUGCCCUCCCAUCGCUCUUCCCUCUCCCCCGAUUCCCCUUCCUAUCGCCCUUGCUUCCCCUCGCCGCUCUUCUCAUCGCCUUGCCUGGCGCCCUCGCUUCUCUUGCCCAUCGCCCUCGCUUUCCCCGUCGCACAGUUUCUCCCAUUAUUCAUUCUCACGACAUUCUUCCACACCCGUCAACCGCUCUCGUCCCACCCUCCCGUCAUUCUCUCCCGUCGCUCACUCCUCCCAGAUACCGCCCUUCUACACCCCACUUCUCACUCUCUUUAG